CCAAUAUAAUCAUGGCUUUGUGGAUUAAAUUUCUCAAAUGCAAGUCUUGAAUUAUUCAUAUGUUUUGCCUUUUACCAUUUGAUCAUCUUAUUUGCAUUUUCUUCUUGGAUUAAUCAACAUGCACAACAGAUUGGUUUAGGAAUUUUGGCGCUCGUGAAAACUGUUAAAGAUGAUUGGAGGAUUCAUCUCCAGAGGAUUUAUUGUGGUUCUUGGUUACGCCUAUCCUGCAUUUGAGUGUUUCAAAACUGUGGAGAAGAAUAGAGUUGAGAUUCAAGAACUUAGAUUUUGGUGUCAAUAUUGGAUUAUCAUAGCAAUGAUGUCAGUUGUUGAGAGGAUUUUCGAUACAUUUGUUUCAUGGCUGCCAAUGUACGAUGAGUUGAAGUUGGCCCUCAUCAUUUACUUGUGGUAUCCAAAAACAAAGGGGACAAGAUACGUUUACGAAUCCUUUUUACGGCCUUAUUUGUUGGAGUAUGAGAAGGAUAUCGACCGAAGUUUACUGGAAUUUAGGGAGAGAGCAUGGAGUAUGGCCAUUUUUUAUUGCCAAAACUGCAAACAACUGGGCUCUGCAAAGAUUGUGGAAUUUCUUCAAUUUGUUGCUUCCAAGUCUGCAAUGAUUAACCCCACUUCUGAGAAGGUCCAAAAUCAGAAUUCUAACGAAACUCAUCCUCCUCCGCCAACCCCACCUAGUACGCCGUCAAGAUUAGCCAAGAAGAAUGACAACGACAGUCCAAGGCGGCUAAUUACACGAUCGAGAACACCCUCCUUUCGUCGUGUCCAAACGCCCAAAUCCGAAUCCUUUCAAGUUCAGACACGAGGCGUUGACACCGAGGAUGUCGUAAACCUGGACGAGGAUAAAGGGUCGCCAAUGGAACAACAUUUGCAUCAUGCCCAGCUUAAACUUAGGCGAUUCAAAACUAGCGACUAAUAAAUCAUAUUGUAAUAAAUAUAUAAAAGAAAAAGGUAUAUGAAAUUGUAUUAUGAAUUUAAAUUUAUUCAUGUUUUGUGAUUCGUGUAAUUUCCUUCUUUUCGAAUCAACCUUGCGGGUUUGUAAAUAUAAACUAAUCUUCUACUGUUCUACAUUUAAAUUGAAAUAUGAAAACGGUAAUUUCUA